GGGUUAAGGACACGUAUCAUAAAACUAAUGAUUUGUAUGAAAAUCUCUUCCAGACGGACCUAUUAUUCUUGAUGAAUUUCUUUAAGUCCCAAUAAGGUGACACAAUGGCUCUUUUGGAAUGGAAACUCUCCCUGUUACUGCUGCUGAUAGUGCAUGUUGCUCAGCAGGCUCCCCUUGAUCCAAAAUCACCCGACGAAGAGAAAGCAGAAAAGCUCGGCGAGGAGAUCAUCAAUAAGGCUGAAGGAGAUGGACUCGCUGAUCUAGGCCUCGAAUAUGAAGGCUAUCUCCGAGAAGUCAUCCAAGUUUUGGAAGCGGACCCAGAAAUGAAGAGUCACAUGGAUGAGAUGGACACCAAUGAUUUACUGUCUGGUAAAUUUGGGAAGCAACUAAACAAUGUUGGAAGUCAUAUCAGAAGUCAGUUGGAUGAGCUGAAGAAAAAAGAGAUCCAGCGUCUUCGGGUCAUCGCCAGGAAGGCCAUGGAACAGCAAGCACUCGGGAAGGGGAAGCCGACGGAUCAGAAGUUCUUGGACAACCUCAUCGGGCAUCUCGAUCCAUCGUCAAUGGAGUCUUUCAAUCCAGACGAUAUUACUAAACUCAUACAGAAGGCGACCAAAGAUCUGGAGGAGAAUGACCGUGAGAGGAGGAAAGAAUUCAAACGAUAUGAGAUGGAGAAAGAACUAAAGAGGAGAAAUGAGAUGAAGAUGAUGAACGAAGAAGAAAGAGCUGAGGCAAGGAGAAAGUACGAAGAGGAAAGGAAACAAAUGAAACAACAUGCUAAACUCAACCAUCCGGGAAGUAAAAAGCAAUUGGAAGAGGUUUGGGAGAACACGGAUCAUUUAGACAGGAAAGAUUUCAACCCUAAAACGUUCUUCUUUUUACACGACUCAAACAGCGACGGCUUCCUUGACGAGUUUGAACUAGAGGCUCUCUUCAUAAAAGAGGUGGAAAAAAUCUACCAGGGCAAGAAAAAUGCGGACGUUCAGGAAAAGUUUGAGGAAUUGUCCCGCAUGAGGGAACAUGUUGUCAAGCAGAUUGAUGGCAACAAAGAUAAAAUGGUCAGUUUAGAUGAAUUUAUGGAGGCUGCAGCAGCAUCAGACUUUGAUGAAGAGGAAGAGUGGCAGGAUUUAAAUCAAGAAUCGCAAUUUACAGAAGAGGAUUUAGAGAAGUACCAGGACGAGUUGAGGAGAACAUUAGAAGAAACCAAGGCCAAGAUGGCAGAAGCAGGGGAUAACUUUGUUAGAGUUAGGCAGCCUCCUGGGCAAGAUACAGUUCAAAUGAACCAGGCCCAAGCUCAUCAGGUCCAAGAUGGUCUAGCACAAGGAGAUAAUAAGAUUCGAUUCGAAGGGGGCUCGCAACAAGUUCGGCACGAUCCUCCAGGCAGUAUACCACUCUCAAACCAGCAACCCGCCCAACCACCCGCAGAUCAGGCACGCCACCCACCAGCUCAGCAGCCACCAGCAGCAUCGGAUGGCCAGCAACAGCAACAACAGAAUCAGCCCCCACCACCAGUGUAACAGCAAUAAUCAAUGUGUUGCUAUUCUAUAUCAUUCUACAACAUCUAUUAUAAGGUGCAUUUUUUUUUAUUCAGCAAUAUAUCUAUGGUGAUGGUAUACACUGUUACAGCAAAAGACUCAACGCAUUAGAGAGCAAUUGGUUUUUAUAUUUAUGGCACCACUUCCUCCUCAUGCAGAUUCUUUCUUUAUCAACAUUUUAUGAUCAUGUUCUAUCAUAAAUUAAUAUUCAUUUUGGUAUUAUCUUAGACCCGAGGGCCGUUUCAUAAAACAGUUCGUAAGUUAAGAGCGACUUUAAGAAUGGCUGGUGAUCCUUCUUGUGGUAAUGGUAUACACCAAAAGAAAGGUUCACCAGUCUUUCUCAACUUACAAACAACUUUAUGAAACACCCCCUGCAAUCAAUAGCAAUGACCCCUUAGUCCAACUUUUACAUUUUCAAAACUUUAGCAUGAAGCUACUGAUUAUCAACUCAGGCACCUUUAUACCAAAGCAUAUGUUGCAAGAAACUUAAUUUGCCAUCAAUUGCAAGUAAAUUAUAGGUCAUUAAAUCAAUCACAAGUCUUUUUAUUGAUUUGCGAUUAAUAUCUCGUCUGCAUCUUGCAUCAGAAAGUUUAAAACUUAUAAUUUUUGACAGAUUAACUUCAACUACAGCAAAACAAUUCAAUUGUUUUGCUGUACCUGGUAGUAGAAAUUAAUCUGUCACUUGUAAAUUUGCAGCAGAGUUUGCAAUUGAAAUUUGCAUUUGAUUGCAAAUAUUUUUUAAAAAGUUUUUCGCAAAUAUUUCUUGCAACACCCUGUAAUUCUUAACCAGCAAUCCCACCUCUAUGAGGAUAUUCAGGAUUAGCGAUGACAAAAAAACAGACUGUGUAUUCUUGUGAGAAAGACAUAGCUCUGACUUUCCUUUGCAUCCUCUUGUGUGAAUAAGCACAAAUAAAUGUUUUGGGGAAUUUGGUAGCUUCCCCUUCCCCCCUGUUCAUCAUUUCAUAAAACCCAUGUCUGCCAAAGUAUUUUUCGAAGGUGGUAUUGGCAACCAUGAUACCAUAUCAGAUAAUCCAGAAACUCAUACAUUGAGAAUUCUAUUGAAAUUGACGCAACUUAGUAUGAAUUUGACGCAUUCAUGUAAGUACACUAAUCGGCUUUGCACAUUGGACAUAACUGCCAAAAUUAUGUAACCAGCAUUGAUACCAUUAUUACUCUUUGUAUGCCAAACAUACACUAUAAUUGGGAGCGUUACUAAUCAAUGAAAGUGUAUAAAGGGAUUAAUGAUACCCAUCGAUGGAGGUGUAUGUGGAGUAGAGAAAAUUGUUGCAAGGGUAUACUGCACAGAUGUAUUUUGGUAAUCGGAAAUAGAAGAUAGAUAUUAUUUGUAUAUUUAGCAUUCAUGUAGAUUGUCUGUUUUAUGUUUAUUUUUUAAAUGUUUUUAUUCAACCACCUAUAUAUAAAGACUUACUUGACAGUAGCUCAUAGGGAAGGGAGGUAGCCAGGGGCUGGAGGUGACCCCCCCCCCUCCCUCCCCUUCAAAGCUUUCCAUAGCUUGAAGAACACAAGAAAUCUUCCUUUGUGAUUAUUAACCACAGUCUUGAAACAUAAACUUUCAUAAAACAUUCGAAAUAUGUAAUCUGAUUUAUGUUCUAAAAAAAUGGUAAUUCAAUA